GCUCUAGGAGGAUGCGGCCCCUUUAAGAUCUGUAUGUAAGUCUAAUGAUUUAUCAAACUCUUAUUAUCAAGAAAAUGUCAUGCGAAGGGCACCUACCUCUGUACUGACGCAAAGCGCCUCUGUCCCAGGAAGGUAUACAAGCUUCCUCUGCUCACAAGAUAGUCAGAGAAGUACAAGGACUCUGCUGCCAGGGACUCCAGGACUCCUGUGGAGAUGGACUACGUGAAUCCAAUGGAUGUGGGGCAGAAGACGGUGAACAGCCCCGAGGGGGCGGCCCCUGGACACCUCGGGGGCGCAGCAGUGACCCGGCACAGCCCGGACAAUGAUGUCCCCCUACAAGCCUCCUCCAAACUGGCCCGGUUGUCCCAAUCUACGUCCAAUGACAGCAAAGGAUUUGAGGAACCCAAAGCCAGCGCCCUGGAGAGGUCAAGAACUGGGGGGUCGUGUAAGAUCAGCACCCCAAGUCAUGGGAACUUUGCCAUCAGGAAAGACUCUGCAGACGGGUUCCCAUUAAAGGCUUCAAACAUGACGGACAUCAAUGGGCAGAGUAACUCUGUGCACUGCAGGAUUGUGCCCCUCCAGAGCGCAGAGGGGGGCACCAACCAGGGCUAUGGCAGCCUGGAGCAGAACAAUGCCAAGGGGGGCUGGGUGCCCAUGAACCAGAGCACUGUCAUCCUGGGCACAGAUGGCAACACCUCGGUCCUGCCUGGCACCCUCACCGGGGACGAUGAUGGGGAUGAGAAUAAAGCUCGGGGGAACUGGUCUAAUAAACUGGACUUUAUCCUCUCCAUGGUGGGCUACGCUGUGGGCCUGGGCAAUGUCUGGAGAUUCCCCUACUUGGCAUUUAAAAAUGGUGGAGGCGCCUUCCUCAUUCCCUACCUGACCAUGUUGGCUCUGGCGGGGGUCCCUAUCUUUUUAUUGGAGGUGUCACUGGGUCAGUUCGCCAGUCAGGGCCCCAUCUCUGUAUGGAAAGCCAUCCCUGCACUACAAGGCUGCGGCUUCGCCAUGUUGAUCAUCUCCGUCCUGAUCGCCAUCUACUACAACAUCAUCAUGUGUUACACCAUCUUCUAUCUCUUCGCCUCCUUCGUGUAUACGUUACCCUGGGCCUCCUGUGAAAACCCGUGGAAUACGCCGGACUGUAAAGAUAAAGACAGACUCAUGCUGGAUUCCUGCCUUAUUGGAGACCACCCAAAAAUUCAGAUCAAGAACAGCACGUUCUGUAUGACCGCCUAUCCGAACUUGACAAUGGUGAAUUAUACCAGCCACGCCAACAAGACCUUUGUCAGCGGGAGUGAGGAAUACUUCAAGUACAAUAUGCUGAAGAUUUCCGCUGGCAUCGAGUAUCCUGGUGAACUCCGAUACCCGCUGGUCCUCUGCCUCUUCCUGGCCUGGGUCAUCGUCUAUGCGUCACUCGCCAAAGGGAUCAAGACAUCAGGAAAGGUUGUGUAUUUUACAGCCACUUUUCCUUAUGUGGUUCUUAUCAUCCUCCUCAUCCGAGGGGUCACCUUGCCUGGGGCGGGAGACGGCAUCUGGUACUUCAUCACCCCAAAGUGGGAGAAGCUUAAAGAUGCGAUGGUUUGGAAAGAUGCAGCUACACAGAUUUUCUUCUCUCUGUCUGCGGCCUGGGGAGGGCUGAUCACAUUGUCAUCUUAUAACAAGUUUCACAAUAACCUGUAUCGGGACACGCUGAUCGUCACUUGCACCAACAGCGCCACCAGUAUUUUCGCUGGUUUUGUCAUCUUUUCUGUCAUCGGUUUCAUGGCGAACGAAUUAAAAGUAAACAUUGAAAAAGUAGCUGAUCAAGGUCCCGGCAUUGCUUUUGUAGUCUACCCUGAGGCCCUGACCCGGCUGCCGCUCUCCCCUUUUUGGGCCAUAAUCUUCUUUCUUAUGCUUCUAACAUUAGGACUGGACACAAUGUUUGCUACAAUCGAGACCAUUGUGACCUCGGUUUCCGACGAGUUCCCCAAGUACCUGCGGACCCACAAGCCCCUCUUCACCCUGGUGUGCUGCGUGGCCUUCUUCAUCAUGGGCUUCCCAAUGAUCACACAGGGUGGGAUCUACAUGCUGCAGCUGGUGGACACGUUCGCCGCCUCCUAUUCGCUCGUCAUUAUCGCCAUCUUCGAGCUGGUGGGAAUCUCUUACGUGUACGGUCUGCAGAGAUUCUGUGAAGAUAUAGAGAUGAUGAUCGGAUUCCAGCCCAAUCGUUUCUGGAAGAUCUGCUGGGCCUUCGUCACUCCGACCAUUCUCACUUUCAUCCUGUGCUUCAGCUUCUACCAGUGGGAGCCGAUGACUUACGGCACUUAUCACUACCCAACGUGGUCCAUGGUCCUCGGGUGGCUGAUGCUGUUCUGCUCCGUCAUCUGGAUUCCGAUCAUGUUCGCCAUCAAAAUGCAUCUGGCGCCAGGCAGCUUUAUUGAGAGGCUGAAGCUGGUUUGCACUCCACAGCCAGACUGGGGUCCGUUCCUGGCCAAGCACCGUGGAGAACGUUACAAGAACAUGAUGGACCCAUUAGGCACCUCCUCACUUGGCCUGAAGAUUCCCCCCAAGGAUAUGGAGCUAGGAACACAAUGCUAGUACAUAUGGUGUCUGUACCUCUGUCGUACAGGCUCCCACAUUCCUCAUCACAUCCGUCUUCUUCUUCUUCCUUAGCCAACAGUGCAGAUGGCUUCUCUUAGAUAAACAAUAGGAUCCCUUGUUGCAUGCUGUAGCCAACACCUAAACAGACCACCUUGCACAUUUGUUGCUUCUCUAUAGUGUCCACAACCUUUUGUUUGACUGCCAAAUAUCAGCAGUGCCUCUGAUGAUGAUUGUCCAGCUGCAGUAAGUAAUAUUAUUUCAUAGAGGGAAAAACGGAUUAGUUCUUCUUGUCAUUAUAUAAGAAUUAUAUAUAUAUAUAUA